AUGGAUUCCACCGAUUCAGAAGGACAUGAAGCAAUACAAGAAAAGAUAAAGGUUCCCAAGCAUUUGAUUGAAAAGAAAAGACGUGCCAGGAUCAAUAAUUGUCUCGGAGAACUGAAAAAGCUUGUCAUUGAAAAGAAUUUCCUAAAGGGGCAGAGGAGUUCGAAGUUGGAGAAAGCCGAUAUUCUAGAGCUUACCGUGGAAUACCUCAAAAGGAAAGCAAAACUGCCGUAUCCUGUAAGGGAGACUACGGACACCAGCGAACUUCAAACCAAACUCUACGAAAGAGGGUACAGAGAAUGUCUUAACCAAGUUUCCCGCCACCUCAAAAGUAUGGAAAUUGAACAAUCUGUCGGCAAUGCUUUACUCGCGGAAUUGGAAACUAUGGCACAAAAAACAAUAGCAAUGGAUAGUAAAAAGACGGGAAAACACCUGGAGUUGGCGAAUUCUGGUGGAAAAUCACGUACAGGUUCUCAAUGUAAAUCAUCAUUACCGGAUGUUUCGUAUCCUUCUUUGGAUAGUGUUGCUACAGAAGAAGAACCUAAAUCAAACCAAAAGGCAAAUGGAACAGCGGAACACAUCCGGGUUUCUCCGAAAACCAAUCAAGAAUUAAAUCAAGAGCGCAAACGACAAAUAGAAUCUUCAAACACUUUCAAUUCGAUAAAUUUGGAACGAAAUAAAAUGAGCAUGUUUUCUUCUUCGGCUAAAAUGACAACGGAGCAAACAUCAGGAGUUCAUGUCGGCUCGGACAACGUAUCGCCAAUGUAUCCCGUGAUGAGUAGUUUACAGAGUGUGACGGUGCUUGUUCCUUGUCAAGUUCUCACCUCUUCGAUAGCACCUGUCAACAUGAGUCAGUAUCAGCCGUCAGGCCACAGUUGUGAACACCCUCAGAUAGGAGGGUCUCUCAUUAAUCACCAAGGUUACUCUAACGUUUUAGAUACAAAUCCAAGUUAUAUCAGAUUUGAUACAGUCAAGAAUGUUUUAAAUGCUAACUCUAGAGAUACUUUGGGAUCCACAGCAGUAAGUGGUUAUCCUAAACAGGGUGAAUACGGAUGCCUGUCUCCAUGGAGGCCUUGGUGA